UCUAUGUCUCUCUGUCUUCAGGCUCUGGAUCAGGACCGCUCAGCUCUCCAGAAGGUGAAGAAGUCGGUGAAGUCCAUCUACAGCUCAGGACAAGAGCAUGCUGGGAACCAGGAGAGCUUCAGUCAGGCUCUGGACCGACUGGGAGGAAACAACUGUGAACUGGGAUCAGCCUUCGUUAAGUUCUCCUGUCUGGUUAAAGAACUCGCUGCUCUGCUCAAGAACCUGCUGCAGAGUUUGAGUCAUAACGUCGUCUUCACUCUGGACUCGCUGCUGAAGGGAGACCUGAAAGGAGUUAAAGGGGAUCUGAAGAAACCAUUUGAUAAAGCAUGGAAGGACUACGAGACCAAGUUCACAAAGAUCGAGAAGGAGAAGAGAGAACACGCCAAACAACACGGGAUGAUCCGCACCGAGAUCACCGGAGCAGAACUCGCCGAGGAGAUGGAGAAAGAGAGGAGACUCCGCACCGAGAUCACCGGAGCAGAACUCGCCGAGGAGAUGGAGAAAGAGAGGAGACUGUUCCAGCUCCAGAUGUGUGAGUAUCUGAUCAAAGUCAAUGAGAUAAAGACCAGGAAGGGCGUGGACCUGCUGCAGAACCUCAUCAAGUAUUAUCACGCUCAGUGCAAUUUUUUUCAGGAUGGUUUGAAGACAGCUGACAAACUGAAGCAGUACAUCGAGAAACUGGCUGCUGACCUGUUCAAUAUCAAACAGACUCAGGACGAGGAGAAGAAGCAGCUGACGGCUGUCAGAGAUCUCAUCAAGAGCUCCAUGCAGCUGGACCAGAGGGAGUCCAGGAGAGACUCUCAGAGUAAACAGAGUGGAUACAGUAUGCACCAGCUGCAGGGGAACAAGGACUUUGGGAGCGAGAAGAAAGGCUACCUGUUGAAGAAGAGUGAUGGGCUGAGGAAAGUCUGGCAGCGGAGGAAAUGUUCAGUGAAGAGCGGAGUUCUCACUAUUUCUCAUGCUACAUCCAACAGACAGCCUGUCCGGUUGAACCUGCUCACCUGUCAGGUGAAACCCAGUUCAGAGGACAAGAAAUGCUUCGACCUCAUCUCCCAUAAUCGGACGUAUCACUUCCAGGCUGAAGACGAGUUGGAGUUUGUCAGCUGGGUGUCUGUACUGACCAACAGUAAGGAGGAGGCCCUGAACGUGGCGUUUCAGGGUGGAGGUCAGAGUUCAGGUGUGGAGGAGGAGGAGGAGGAGCUCACUAAGAGCAUCAUCGACGAGGUGCUGCGGUCGCCAGGCAACGACACCUGCUGCGACUGUGGAGCCGCAGAUCCUCGUUGGCUCUCCUCUAACCUCGGUGUUCUGACCUGCAUCGAGUGUUCUGGGGUCCACAGGGAGAUGGGAGUCCACGUGUCCCGGAUCCAGAGUCUGGAACUGGACAAACUGGGAACCUCGGAGUUACUGCUUGCUAAGAAUGUUGGGAACUGUAGUUUCAAUGAGAUCAUGGAGGCCAGCCUACCCUCUCCAUCGCUGAAGCCGACGGCCUCCAGCGACAUGACGGCGAGGAAAGAGUUCAUCAACGGCAAGUACAUCGGCCGCAAGUUUGUCCGGCGCAGCACCUCCACGGCGACCAGCCGGAUGAGGGAGGUCUACGACGCGGUGCGGUCCAGAGACCUGCUGUCAAUCAUCCAGCUGUACGCUGAGGGGGCGGAGCUGCUGCAGCCGGUACCUGAACCGGGCCAGGAAGCAGGAGAGACGGCGCUACACCUCUGUGUUCAGACAGCGGAUCCGUCCUCGCUCCACCUGGUGGACUUCCUGGUUCAGAACAGCGGAGACCUGGACGGACAGACGGACGGAGGAAACACCGCCCUGCACUACUGCUGUCUGUUCAACAAAGCAGAGUGUGUGAAGCUGCUGCUGAGAGGAAAACCGGACCUCCACCUCACCAAUCAGAGCGGAGAGACGGCGCUGGACGUCGCCCGCAGACUGAAGCACUCCCAGUGUGAAGAACCGUUGGUGGAGGCGCUCUCUGGCAGGUUUAACCCUCACGUUCAUGUGGACUACAACUGGAACCUCCGACUGGACGACCUGGACGAGAGCGAUGAGGAACCGGACGACAAGGUCAGUCCGCUGAAGAAGGAGCGCUCCCUCCGUCCUCAGAGCUUCUGUCCGUCCUCCGCUGUCUCCUCUCAGGAGAAGCUGUCUCUGCCAGCCUCCUUUGUUCCUCCUCACAGGGACAAGCAGCGUCUGUCCUACCUUGUCUACAGCACCUCCUCCUCCGACACUCCUCCCUCCCCCGGGCUCGACACCUCCGGACCUUCACCAGCUGCCAGGAGCCAGAAGAAAGGCCCCGCCUCAGGCCCGCCCACCUCCCUCCCUCUCAGCUCCCAGACCAGUGGAGGAGCAGGAGGUGGAGGAAGCUCCACCCUGAAGAGGAGACCCCCUCCUCCCCCACCUGGACUCAAGCGCGCCCUGUCCGACCCCCCCAGCCCAGUCCUGCAGGGACCAGCAGGUAAAGGAAGUGAGAUGAGCCCCCCACUCGGAAACAGGACGUCACCGGCCAACAGGUUUGAGGGGAUCCAGCAGCAGCAGAGCAUGACCUCCAGUAACACCAAGUCCACGUUGGGACCCAGAGUUCUACCCAAACUCCCUCAGAACGUGUCUUUGAGGAGGACGGUGCACCCCCCCUCUGUGGACCAACCCAGCCAGCCUCCAGACCUCUUCCACAGACCCCCCCCCUCCCCACAGCCAGACCCCCAUAAGUCGCCUCCUUUUAUUGACUCCUCCCCUAAGCCCCUCCCCCCGGUAGACUCCGCCCUCAGAGCCCCAUUGGCUGGGAAACCUCACCUGUCCAACCUCCCCAAACCUCACCUCUCUGACCUCCCCCCGAAGCCCCUCCUCAAAGACUUCCCCCCCAAACCGCCGCUCAGCGACAGGCCUGGCCCCUCCCCCGUUGCUAUGGAGACCCAGGGAUCCAAGAUGGCAGCGGCAGAGGGCGGGUCAUCACCUGGACCGGCUGAAGAUGCUGAUGAGGCCGUGAGACGCCCCGUCCCUCUGCCGCGCAAACUGAACUCUGUGAAGACCAAAACCCGGAGGGUGAAAACCAUCUACGACUGUGAGGCCGAUAACGAAGACGAGCUGACCUUCAGUGAGGGGGAAGUCAUCCUCGUCACUGGAGAGGAGGACCAGGAGUGGUGGGUUGGACACAUCGAGGGACAUCCAGAGAGGAAAGGUGUCUUCCCCAUGUCCUUCGUUCACAUCCUCUCUGAUUGACUCCGCCCACUGGCGAGUAACCAGCUGCUGACCAACAGGAACCGACCAACUAAACCCAGUUAAUGAAGCUGUAAAUAGACCAACAGUGUUACCAUAGCAACCCAGCAUGCACAGCCAGACGAGUCGCCGUGGUGACGACCUGUCAAUCAGUGUGUAGCCACGCCCUAAAGCAUACCCUGCUUUAUGGUCUGUUUGACUCUGAAUGGAUCAUUUACUAAAUGAACAGAAGAGAAUGCAGCUUUAACACAUGAAGCUCUGACUUCUUUUACACAGUCUGUGUCUGCAGAUCCACGGCUGAAGUGAUUCUGGAACACACCUCUAUGACAUCAUAUAACUGAUGUGACAUCAUAUAACUGAUGUCACUGUGAAUCCUUUAUGGAAGCUUUGCAUCUCGUCUCUGAACCGGUUCACCGGUUAACCCGGUCGCUCCGAGGCGAUCGUGAUCCCGUCAGAAUUGUGUGAGUGGAACAUGAAAGAAGACAUUUUGAAUUAAAUGUUUAUAGCGUGUGGACUCGUCUGAUUGGCUGGGGCUAAGCAACGCUAACGCUAACAAACAUGCACACAGUUCUGUCACAAUAUCUACAGAAACUGAUGGAAAUGUUCCA